AUGGGAAAAGAGCAGAACGAGCCGAAGGAGCAGCCCCUGGUGCUCUUUGCUGGGCUGGUGAAGGGUUGUCAGCUUAUCGCGUCGUACUCCCAGCAGAAGAGCUAUGAGCAAGCCGCGCUAGAAGCAAUGAAAGAAGUCCCGUCUCACGUCCAUCGAUUCUCCCUGGGCCAUGGCGGGGUGAUGGCGCUGUUUUGCAAGUUCCCCGACCCGCUCUCGUUGGACGGCGGCAGCAACGCCGUUCAGCCGUCCAGCCGCCAGACUACGCUGCUCACGCCUUCCAACUCGUACGGCGCCGUACUCAUCGCGUACGAGUCGCCAAAUCUCAUGCGCGCACGCGGCUUCGAGUUGCUUCGUUCCAUGAGCGACCUCUAUCAAACUCUCCUCACCCGCCCGCGAUUCCCGCUCCGCCGCACCACCUCCUCCUUCCUCUCACGCGCCGACGGCUUCAAACGGGGGAAGCUUGAGGCGCAAAUGAGAGAUAUGUGCGCCGCGGAGCGCGGUCUAAGAUGCUCGCAGGAGCUGCGCAUGUACCCCAUGGCGCCGAAAGCAUUCCUGGUGCGCGAUUCGUACCAAUCGGCGGAGGAUCUCGCGGCGAUAGAGGCGCUGCGCGAGGAGGUGGAGGCGAAGAAGGAGCGCGCGAAGAACAUGCUGGAAGCGGAACUGCAGUUCGUGAACAACAUGGCGGACGAUGAUAUCUGCUCCCUCCCCGGUACCUUCCACCUCGGGGAGUCCGCCGACGCCGACGGCGAUGGUGACGGUGACAGUAAGCGCGGUGGCGAGGCGGCAGCGGGGAGUGGAGCGCAAUCAGCGGCGUAUAACCCGGAUGUGGGCGCGGAUUCAGACGACGAGCACGAGGACCUCGUGCCCAAGUCCAUGCCCGGAGAGUAUUAUUUACAACACACCGCCCCUGAACCUGCUGCUGCUGCUGCUGCUGCUGUUGCUGCGCCUCACGGCGCUGUUUCGCGCGGGGGCUCCUCCCGCGCACUGAGCUUCUCGCUCUCCUUCUCGCACUCGCGAUCGCGCCCGCGCGAGCCGCAAGUGGACGUGGACGACCUCGCCAGCCGCUGGCUCCGCGGAAACCGGGGGUCGCUGCUGCCUGCGGACGCUGCCCGCGUGUCGCCCGCUAGCGACGCCGCUGGCGGCACGGCGGUCUCGCACAGCGCGGAGCUGAUUCCGGGGAAGCGGCAGGGAGGCGAGAGGGGCGUGGAAGGGGGCGCGCUUGGCGAGAGCCUGGAAGAGGCGCUGGCAAAGAGCACAGGACGUGCUCGCACGCGCAUGGGCAUCACUGCCACCACCGCCAUCGUGAGCCGCAGCAGCAACAAGGGCUGGGUGAAGGGCGCAGCGGGGAAGCUAGUCUGCGCAGCAAGCAGGGCGCGGGCGAGGUGGCAGCGGGCUCUCCGGGGGCGAAAGCAGCGGAAGCAAUAG